AUGCGUGCAGACAUCGAUUUGCAACUAUCUGUCCUUGAAAAGGACUAUAGGUCAAGAUAUACCAAAAUGAAAAGACAACUCCGCUAUGUUCGUCGGGCUCUCGACGAGUGCCAAGGGUUAACGGACCAGGAUCUCCAGCGACUGGUGGACCUUAUUGGUGACAACCGUAGUGAUUUCGAGCAGGAAUUCUACAAUAUAACACAAAAGGAGCAAGUCGGAGGUAUAGGCUCUAGAUUUUACAAGAUAGUCCAAACAACGAUUGCCUGGAGUUCUCAAAAGCCUAACACAGCCAUCAAAAUCGGGUCCCUCCCCCCUAUGGAGGAUGUAGAGUUCUGUGCGAGUUUGGAACCUCUAGUAGAAGAGCGCCCGGUCUUCUUAGCACCAAUCAAAGAGCUCAAAUCCACGAUGGUUGGAAUUCUCGAGGAGAAGAUCAAGAAAUUAGAGCGUAUCUGGGAGGAAAUCAGGGAUUAUUUGCAGUCCGGAAUGCGUAUGGAGAUCCGGAAGCGCUUUUCAGAGCGAGCUGAGCAGGAGAGACUUGCAGCUUGGAAACAUCUGCAUCAGGAGAUUGCCUCUCAUCUCACUUCUAGUCCACGGAGAGAAGGUUCUCCCAAACAGGCCAGCGUUCGCUAUACCAUCAGGCAGCUGGAGAUCAGACAAGAUGACAUCAAAGCUGCCUCGGAGAAUAAAUCUCACGUCUGCAAGCCAGUCAUUCGAACCUUCAGACCAACACCUUUCACCUUAUCCAAGGAUGUGACGAUGCGUGAUUAUUGCUUGAUGGCCAUCGAAGACAGCCUUUAUCUAAAGCUUUACCUUGACCGAAUCAAUGCAAUGGACUCAACAGUUGCUGCUGACAAAUCGAAGCGUAUCCACCUUGAAAAGACUGGGCGUGGAGCAUUGUUUGCAGUCGAGGAAAACAAGAAGUUGCUUGCAAUACUGGCGAAUCAUCUAAUGCAAGAACCUUCAACCCACGAGGUGGUGCUAUUAAUAUCACCCGAUGGUAUUCAGCGUCCCACCUCCCUUCCUUCUCUCAGUUCUCUUUCAUAUCUGGGAGUGAAGAAUUGCUUGUUGCCGAAGCGGACGGGUCGUGUCCUCGAGGGAAAGAUCGUAAAUGCGGCCUCCAGUCCUGACGGUGCAUGUUUAUUUGUCAAAUUGGACAAAGAGAACGUUAUCAAAAAUGUCCCAGAAUCCUCUCCAAUGGUGGUGUCAUCCCUUGGACAUCGGUCCAUCACCCAUCUUAUCUUCUUGGAUCCCGACAAUAAUGCCUGCCGUUCUCUUCUUAUGCAAGUCACUCAUAAAUCAAGCGAGUUCAGCUUCCGUUCCGACCAUUCUUCUGUGCUAAAUGAAGGAUCCGGUCGGGAAACUAUCAAUAACUCAUUGAUUGACUGCCAUGCCGAAGUCUGGACUCGAUUCCCGGUUCACGCCCCUAUCAAAAGAGAAACUACUGAAGCUGCCAUACACCUUCCUCGUUCCGUCAACUUCGUGUCAUCUGCGCCAGCACAUUCCUUUGCGCCAUAUUUCUCGACCAUGAUCAAAGAGUUUGAAGUCAAGACUCGAAAGCCCACGAAGGGGAUGCUAAGGCAGAUGAAAGUGUUAGCAGGUUCCGAAUGGGAUCCAACCACCACCCCUUCUCCAGUCUCAGAACUUCAAGCAGGUGAUUGGCUAGUUGGACUAUUUUGCCUCAUUCCUAUCCAUCUCGCCAUUACGAAAUCCAACCGGUUUGUUCCACUGAAAGAUGGAGUAUCUUCUCCCGACUUUGAAAGGUCUCUACUGGGAGCUAACGUUGCACAAAUAUCGGAAGCGUGA